CGAGCAACUUAACCUCACCCCUCCAUUAUCGCACUGAACAUCGCUCCCCGAGCUUGAGAGUUGAGAACACGCCGACGUGCGACCUGAGCACUCCGAGUGGUAUUCAGCGACUGCCUGGGUUCUCAUCUCUUGCCGAUAACUACCGUCGCCUUUCGCUGCUUUGCGCUUGGCGGAUUUCCCCCACCCCCCGCCCCAAAGCCGGGCUUCUUCACCGUGAUGGGCACCCCACAGCUGUUGUCGAAGAAGACAAACGGCGGUUCACUUACCCAGUCUUCCGCCGAUGCGCCGACGGCUCCCAAGGUGAAAGCCCCCAUGCAGGGCGAGAAGGUCGUGGUUCGCCGUUUACCGCCGGGCAUGACAGAGGAGGAAUUCGUUACCAUCCUCGGGGACGAGUGGGCGGUCGGACACGGCAGGGUCGACUGGUUUUCGUACUGGCCGGGGAAAGUCUCGAAACAUCCAUCAAAGCCGUCGCGGCCCGCCCGCGCAUAUCUCCAUGUCACCCGGAGGGACCUUUUGACCGCGCUUCUCCAGACGGUGCAGUCGAACAAGUGGGAGGAUGCCAAGGAGACGUACAAUGACCCCGCCCUCGUGUCCCUGCCUACCGUCGAGUUCGCCACCUACAAGAAGAUCCCCAGCGGCAAGAAGCGCGUGGAUGGACGCCAGGGCACCAUUGACCAAGACCCGGAAUUUAUGGCUUUUCUCGAGGGCCUGGCCAAUCCUGACGUUAACAAAGAAGCUCCCAACGCGGACCAGGGCGCUGAAGAGACCAGCAAGACCGAAAAGACGACAACAACGCCCUUAGUCGAGUACCUGAAGGAGAAGAGGGCGGCUAAGGCCAAGGACGCCGCUGCGGCAAAGAGCGCAAAGCACGCGCGACAUGACUCGCAGGGGGGCAAGGCCAAGACAGCCCCGGCGGCUGCUGAGGAGCCCAAGAAGAAAUCCAGGGAUGGCAAGCCUGAGAAGGAAAAAGCGCCAGAGAAGCCCGCGCAGAAGCCGAAGGAGUCAGUCAAGAUCCUAACUAAGAAGGCCGCUGCUGCAGCAGAAGCGGCCGCCGAGGCCGCAAAGGCUGUUGCAGCCCAGAUGCAGCCGAGCGCCCAGCCCAGCGCCCAGCCCAGCGCCCAGUCAGGAUCCCAGGAGGCUCUCCCAAAGAGCCGCAGGGCCGGCAUAGCUGCUGCUGCCCGGAUACUGCAACGCGACUUGGGCCUUAGCCCUGGGAAUGCGCACCGCAAGGCCCGCCAAGAAGCGGCCAAAGCAGAAGCAGAGGCAAAGGCAACCCCUACGAAGGAGACCGGGAAGCCAAUCGUGACCGCUGCGUCGGAGCCAGCAGCCCCUUCUUCGCCCGCGGAGUCCUCGGCGUCGUCCGCUCCUGCCAAAACACAGCCCUCCGCUUCAGGCAGAGCACGGAAUAGGAAACGCGGCACUGGCGAAGAUACCGGGAAACCAAAGGGAGAUGCGAAGGGUGACACCAAGGGCGAGAAACCGGCAGAGCCCGCCACCUCGACCCCGCCAAAAGGGCCUAUCGCCGUGUUGAAGAAGAAGGACAGCAGCCAGCAAGUCCCAUCGCCGCAAACACAACCCGCGACAACAUCAGCGCCAUCAGGUCCCUCCACACCCAACGUAUCAGCUCAGCCCGCAACAGCAGCCCCUGCGUCUGGGCCCAAGUCCACCGCCCAAAAGCAGGGCGCCGCUUCCAAGAAAGCGAGCACGCCGGCCGCUCCGAGCCCAGGUGCCACUCGUGCGUUCGUCAAGCACGCCAACCACUCCCAAGGCGUAACCGAGGCACUGCUCAAAGAGGCCCUCCAGGCGUUCGGCACCGUCACAAGCGUCGAGAUCGACCGCAAGAAGGGCUUCGCCUACGUCGAUUUCGCCAGCCACGACGGCCUCGCCAAGGCCAUGGCCGCCAGCCCCGUCGCCGUCGCCCAAGCCACCGUGCAGGUCCUCGAGCGCAAGGAGAUGGGCAAGAAAGGGUCGGCAUCGGCGCCGACGCAGGGGAAGAACGCUGCUCAUCCUGCGCCGGCGUCUGCACAGGCCCAACAGGCUCAGCCGCCGGCCAAGGCUGCUUCUCCCGCUGCCGCUCCUGCUCCGCAACCUGCCCCACCGGAGCAAACUCAAGGCCAAACUCAGUCUGCGCCACCCCCAACACAACAACAACAAACCCCAGCUCCCGCUUCGGCAGCCGGACCUGCUACCGCGGCCGGGGACAAGGCAGGCUCUGGUGAGCAGCAGCCGGGAGGCAAGCGCGGUGGAAGGAGACGCGGCGGACGGGGGAGGGGGGAUAAAGAUAAGGAUGCGAAGGAGGGGAAGGAGGGUAAGAAGGAAGGCGGUGGCAGUGGCGGUGGUGCGAAGAAGAGUGAUGGGGCUGGAGGCGGUGCGGCUGGCUCGGGGGUUUCGGCGGGUACAGCGUGAGUGCAUAGCGGUAGGGCUCGCACUGAAUUG